AUGUCAACCCACCCAGAAAGGAACAGCGUAGGGUACGCAUUGGCACCAAACAAAACCCAAGCGUUCAUCCAACCCUCACUCAUCCAGCAGGCAAAGGAACACAACAUUGAACUCAUCCCCAUUGAUCCUUCCAAGCCCCUUAUCGAACAAGGACCCUUUGAUUGCAUCAUCCACAAACUUUACGGCCCAGAUUGGGAGUCCCAGCUCCAACACUUCUCCUCUCAAAAUCCUAAGGUCCCCAUCAUUGAUUCGGUUGAUUCCAUUCAGAGACUCCACAAUCGGGUUUCGAUGAUCCAAGUUGUACGUAACCUAAAACUUCCACAAAGACAUCAAGUUUUAGAUGCGCCAAAACAACAUGUUGUUUCCGAUUUACAACAGACUUCGAGCAGUAAUGAUGAUUUGAUUAGGGAUUUAGGGUUUCCACUGAUUGCCAAACCGUUAAUGGCUAAUGGGAGCGACACCUCCCAUAAAAUGUAUUUAGUUUUUGAUAAGGAAGGAUUAGACAAGUUAGAGACGCCGAUUAUUUUGCAAGAAUUUGUUAAUCAUGGGGGGGUUGUUUUUAAAGCCUACGUGGCUGGUGAUUAUGUGAAAUGUGUCGAGAGAAAAUCGUUGCCAGAUUUAAACGAGGACAAAUCUGUGACUUUGAAGGGUUUGCUACCGUUUUCGCAAAUAUCAAGUUUGCGUGUGGAGGAGAAUAGUGAGUUUGAGAGUGUGGAAAUGCCGGCAGUGGAUUUUGUUGAGGAAGUAGCCAAGGCCGUGAAGGAGGAAACAGGGAUUAAUUUGUUCAAUUUUGAUCUGAUUAGGGAUGCUAGAGAUGCAAAUAGGUAUCUUGUUAUUGAUAUAAAUUAUUUUCCUGGGUUUGAGAAGAUUCCAAAUUAUGAGUCUCUGUUCAUGGGGUUUUUAUUAGAUAUUGUGGGAAAGAACAAGAGUGGAGGCGAUAGAGAGAAUGGGAAGCAAGAUCAGCAUGGCAAGGGGGAAUGA